CUCCAGUCUCCUAGAAUGCAACAGGAAGUGGAGCUGAUAAUCCAGAAUUCAGAGGAUAUAUCUGAGGCCUCCGAAGGACACAUAGCAGAUGGUGACUGUGAUAUGGAGGAGUUUGUGGAUGGGACAGCCCCCUACAAGUGUUCCAUCUGCAGAAAGAGGUUCACAAAGACUUCCAACCUUGUGCAGCACGAGAAGAUCCACACUGGCGAGAAGCCCUACAAAUGCUCCCAGUGUGGCAAAAGGUUCACCCGGAGCAACAACCUCGCCGAGCAUGAGAGGAUCCACACAGGAGAAAAACCUUACAAAUGCCCCGAGUGUGGCAAGACCUUCAACCGUAGCUCCAUCCUGCUUAGACAUCGGAGAAUCCACACUGGCGAGAAGCCCUACAAGUGCCCGAAAUGCGGGAAGAGCUUUGACGAGAGCGCCAGGCUCCGGGUCCACCAGAGGACUCACAUGACCGAGAUGGCCUACCUCAUUGACAGCAACGGGGAGGCCACGGCCAUUGAGGCCGGUGGAGUGGCUCACAGCUGCUCCGACUGCGGCAAAACGUUUAGCCUGUAUUCCAAUCUGAUUAAACACCAAAGAAUUCACACGGGGGAGAAGCCUUACAGGUGCGUCCAGUGCGGGAUCAACUUCAGCGAGGCCUCUAACCUGAUUCGGCACCAGAGGUACCAUGCCCGGGACAAGCCGUACAAGUGCCCCAUGUGCCAGAAAAGCUUUGGCCAGAGUUCACACCUCAUUCAGCACCAGAGAAUCCACACCGGGGAACGGCCUCACAAAUGCCCCGAUUGCGGGAAGAGCUUUAUUGAGAACUCUACUCUGAAGAAGCACCAACGCAUCCACACUGGAGAGAAGCCCCACCGGUGCAUGGAGUGUGGGAAGAGCUUCAGCCUCAGCUCCCACCUGGUGACUCACCAGAGGAGCCACACCGGAGAGCGUCCCUACAAAUGCGAAGAUUGCGGCAAAGGGUUCACCGAUACGUCAUCUCUCAUCAUCCACCGCCGAAGCCACACGGGGGAGAAACCCUACAAGUGUGACGUGUGUGGAAAGGGCUUUGUCCUCAGCUCUGUUUAUCUGAACCACCACCGGACUCACACGGGAGAGAAACCUUUCGGCUGUCCCGAUUGUGGCCGGGCCUUCCGCCAGUGGUCACAGCUGGUCAUCCACCGGAGGCUCCACACAGGGGAGCGGCCCUACAAAUGCCCCUAUUGCGACAAGGGCUUCUGUGACAGCUCCACCCUGACGAAACACAAAAGAACCCACACAGGAGAGAAACCCAACACAUGUGCAGAAUGCGGACUCAGCUUUGGCUCAAGAGCGCAGCUGCUGGAACAUCAGGCGUUCCAUGGGGAAGAGGCAUCGGCUAUGGGCAUCCUCUAGGCCCGGGAUGGCCAUUUAGAACCUUACCUUACAUACAGUGUUUCUUAGUACGGUAUUCCAACUGAUUGGAACGUAUAGCAUAGCUCUACUGUCUAUGUGUCUGUCCCUGUUCAUUCUUGACCAUUUGCUUCCAGCGCUGUGAAACGUGGCAACAUUUGACCCUUUCCAUCGUGUGACAUGAGUUGAUUGCUGGGCAUGCAAAUGGGUUUGAAGUGAAGGUGGUCAUUGGAGUGAUGGCUGAUGACAUCACACAGGAAGUGAUGCCUCUCUGAAGCAGGGGAGAGCGAAGCUAUUCCUCUAGUCAGUUUCUACAAGUGAGGGCAUUGCGGGGAGGAGGACUCCCCCAAGUAAACCUUUGCAGGUUCCUCUCAUUCGGCUUUCGGGUGAUACGUCUGCCACCUCUACCAGUAAAAUAGUUCAGUUGGAAACAGUGGACAGACCCACAAAGUUUCGGAUAUUAAGCUGAUGAGGAACAGCAAAGAGACUUUUUU